AUGCCUGCACCUCGGUCAAACUUCAAUAAUCAGAAGAAUAGUUUUGCAACACAGCAUGAUUCUUCACAACCUUUUUGUCAUAAUUGCAAGAAAGCUAGUCACAUAGCAAGGAACUGCACUCUGCCACCUGCUGCAAUACCGCAAGAUACUCCUACCACACAGUGCAACUACUGCAAAGAAGUUGGGCAUUCUACCAGAAACUGUACAUCUCCAACCUCCAGGAAUAUGCGGAGAUUAAACGCUAACGGUACAACCAGGUUUAAUGGUUCAAGUAGAUUCUCUGCUACACCAGUUUUAUAUGCUGAAGCAUUACCAUCUGCACCAUCUCAAUCAAUAGUUCUGUCUGAUACAUCAUCACCUAGUCAUGACCAAUUGGUGGUCAUGACCAAUUGGUGA